AUGAGGCAAGGAUUGGCGGUGACAGACUGCAUAUCAUCACCCUGUGAAAAUGGAGCAACUUGUGUGCCUCUCCCAGGUGGCUAUGAAUGCAACUGCCUGACCGAGUACUACGGAGACAGAUGCGAGAACCUGAACCCGUGUCUUAAAUUCGACUACUGCGCAGACCGUGGCAAUUGUAGCAGUAUCCAAGGCUCCACCUGGGACUGCGACUGCUUCUCGGGAUACGUGGGCUACAAGUGUAAGCACAUCGACUCUUGUGCUUCGGGACCUUGUCCAGAAGGCACGACGUGUCAGAAUGUGUGGCCAAGCUCCUACAGAUGCAUUUGCGAGCAGCACGGGUACUACGGAGCAGAGUGUGACAACUUCAAUGCGUGCUCGAGCUCGCCAUGUUUGAAUGGAGGGAAGUGCCUCCACAUCUCAAGUCAGGAAUACAACUGUGACUGCAACCCAGACGGGGACGUGACCGGGUACUACGGCCAGAAUUGUGAGAACUUCGACCCCUGUCUACCCGAACCGUGCGACGAAUUCGGAGGAACGUGCAGAAAUAUUUCAGACACCGACUACUUCUGUGAAUGCUUUCUCGGAUUUCAUGGAAAUUUCUGUUCCAGUUUUGACGUGUGCAUGACGUCACCCUGUCUGAAUGAUGGUGUAUGCGAAUCAUACAACAAUGGAACGAACUAUACGUGUCACUGUCCACCUAUAUAUCGGGGAUCUCACUGUGAACGAUUACGUCAAUGUCUUGGUGAUGUGACAGUGGAUAUCAAGGGCAUCAUCAGUUGGCCUGAUAUCGACGUGGGAACUAACACAAGCUCACAGUGUGCGUCAGGUGGGAAUAACGUGACCCGCCAUUGCUACUUCGAGGAAACAAAGAAUGCUGCAAGGUGGACGUUCCCAGAUACAUCAGAAUGCGAGAAAGCGAAUUUGACCAAUGAAGUUGCGGCUACAAUGACGUCAUACCUUCGGGAUUCAACCGGAAGUAAUCCCGCUGAGAUGGGAGACUCGGAGGUUUCUUCUGCUUCAGAACUUCUUGAUGCAGUGGUCGAGUUUUCUUACGAACAACAAGAGAUGGCUGGUAAUAUGAUGGAAUGCGUAAGCAAUCUUUUGGAAGUAGAAGAUCAUGUUUUGGAGUCGAGUGCACGGAAUUCGGGAGCUGAUACCAGGUAGGCUUCAAACUCUCUUAAAAUGAGACGUGUGUUCGAAUGCAUGGCUUGAAAGUCUCAAUUUGGAAGUUUAUACUUUUUAUUUAUGAAUAUGGAGUGAAUUAAAAAUGAAAAAGAACUAAUAUAUUUAUACAAGUUGUGAUGUCAAACUUUAUCAGGCGAAAAACACGAAUUAGCUCAAGGGCGGGUUAUGUCUUGCAGAUACUGCACAUGGUGAAAGACUUCUAGAUAUGUCGGCUGAGAUGGUUUUGUUGGGUUUAGAAAUAUAAAUGAUGAUGGGGACUUGGAAACAGCAGGAGACAUGGGAGGAAUGGGACCGAUACAGGAAAGAUACCAUUCCAAAGAUAAAAUGCUAAUUCAAAUCCAUCCAAAUAAAAAGAAACCUGUAUUUGAGACUUGCUCUCGGUUUUGUUGAGUUGCUGUAUCAGGCCCUAGAUACGGGAUGAAAUGAGAAGAUAGGUGCUCUGAUGAGGUUGCGAAAAUGUCGACAUUGUAGACGAGGAAAAUGGAAAUAAUUGGCAAAUCCUCAUGGUGCAAAUAAAAAAAUAAAAACAAUGAACACACUCUCAAAACAAAUCAGUCAAAAUGACUAGUUAAUCGGGUCAGCUGGGUGCAACUGUUAUUCUAGUCACAUUUGACUAUUUUCUAGUCGUAUGUUACUAGAACAGAGUCAUUUCUGACUAGAAUAUACGUCAGAAAUCUGAUUAGACAUAUCAGUUGCACCCAGCUGACUAAUGAUCUAGUUAAUUUGACUGAUUCGUUUUCAGAGUGCAGAUCCUACAUUAUAGUUUAUAUUGGUUAAUAUCGUCUCAAAUGUAAUAAUGAUUUUCAUACGAUAUGUGGAUUACAUAUCGUCUGUUUGCACAGUAUGUUUUCACAGAAAAGUGAUAUUUUUAUCUCACUUAAUACAAAUGAAUACAAAGUACUCAAUAAACCACAUGGCUGUCCCCUAGCGAUACUGGUUUAGAUAGACGUAAUAAAUAGCACACAUAUUUAGCUCAACCUGCCUUCCUUGAUUGUGUUCUGCGAAUUACAAAUUUUCGUUUAAUUUUUCUUUCUGAAAUUAGUAUAAAAAAAGAAAGUUAAGUAAACGAAAGUUCCAUAUUGCUGAUUAUAUCCUACAUUGGCUUAUGCAAUCAAAUCGAGUACCCAUCGACUUUGAAGAGGAGAAUAUUUGAUGAAAUUUACUUCUUUCUCUUAAAAUCUGAGUUUUUUAUGAUUGUGAUAUUAUCCCCACUAGUUCCUGGAAGGAGGCUGGGUAAAAUUCCCUAGACAUGCUAAAGGUGAAAUGUAUGAAAGAUUUCAUCCCGCUAUUCUUUACUAGGCAUCAUUUCUUCUCCUAAAAAAACCCCGAAGGGUUUGGUUUGAUGGAGAUGUCGCAACACAUAAGCCACCAUUUUCACAAAAUUCUAGACUGGGAUGGAACACUACUUGC